UUGCCCGGUGAUUUGAUGUCUUUUAAAUCAAUCGACACAGUUAUUGAUGAAAACGAAAUCGUAAACUUUCCAACUGAAUUUUUGAAUUCUCUGGAUUUGCCAGGAAUGCCACCACACAACCUUCAAUUGAAAAUUGGUUCACCAAUUAUUCUUCUACGUAAUUUAAACCCACCUCAAUUAUGUAACGGUACACGUUUAGUCAUAAAAAAAAUGACCGAAAAUAUUCUUGAAGCAACAAUUUUGUCGGGAAAAUUUAAAGGAGAUAUCGUCCUGUUGCCACGUAUUCCACUGAUAGCGUCGGAAUCUUCAAUACCGUUUAAAAGGCUCCAAUUUCCGAUUUGUUUAGCUUUUGCGAUGACUAUAAAUAAAUCUCAAGGCCAAACAAUGUCUAUUUGCGGUUUGGAUUUGGAAAACACAUGUUUCUCACAUGGACAGCUAUAUGUUGCCUGCUCACGUGUAGGAAAACCAUCAAAUCUCUUCGUGUUAGCGAAAGACAGGUUAACCAGGAAUGUUGUACACAAAGUAGUACUUAGAUAAUUUUUAGUUUUAAUAAUUUAAUUUAUUUUUGUAUGUUUUUAAUGUAUAUAGUAUUUUUUGUA